AUAUUAAAGACAAGCUAGCAUUGCAGACACAGUAAUAUUUAACACAAAUUGCAGACGAUUUGAUUUUAUUUUCUUCAGUAGAGCACAAACCUUAUCCAUUCAUCAAGACCUACUGUAUGUUCAGGAUGGUUUGGAUUUAUCAGACUUUUUAUUUCAUUUUCUUAAUUGCUUCAGUUUACAAUGAAUGCGUGACUCAGAUCUAUGAAAAUACAUACUUCCAAGGAGGAGACGUCUCUACAGUUUUUACGCCAAAUGUCAAUUACUGUCAAGUUGUGUGUACUUACCAUCCCACGUGUCUGUUCUUCACCUAUUUUCCACCAACAUGGACUAAUGAUCCUACAAAAAGGUUUUCCUGCUACUUAAAAGACAGCGAUACUGAAACGUUGCCAAAAGUGGAUAUGGAAGGCGCUAUCUCUGGACAUUCCUUAAAACAGUGUAACAUCAAAAUUAGUGCUUGCAGUCCAAAUGUCCACAAAGGACUGGAUAUGGAAGGGAAAAGUUAUGAUGUUACUCUGGCUGACAGCUAUCAACAGUGUCAAAAAAGAUGUACCAAUGACAACCAUUGUCAAUUUUUUACGUAUGCCUCAGAAACAUUUCACAAUGCAAGCCUUCGUAAAAAAUGCUUCUUGAAACAUACCACUUUGGCAACUCCAACCAGCAUAAGGCUGCUUGAUGGUGUUGUAUCUGGAUUCUCUUUAAAACCGUGCCAGCUUUCUGAAAUAGAUUGUCACAUGGACAUUUUUGAACAUAAAGAAUUUUCAGGAAUUAAUAUUACAACUUUUUUCACUCCCGAUGUCUCCGUCUGCCAAACUAUUUGUACUUAUUUUCCAAACUGCUUGUUCUUUACAUUCUUUACCAGGGAAUGGCAAAUAGAAUCCCAAAGAAAUCUUUGCCUUCUGAAGACAUCAAGAAGUGGGAUUCCGGAUGCACUUAUAUCAAGAGAAAAUGCUGUAUCAGGCUUCAGUCUCCUAAAUUGUAGAAGAUCCUUUCCUGCCUGCAGUUCUCGCACGUACAUGAAUAUGAAUUUUUUGGGAGAGGAACUCAAUGUUACUUAUGCUAAAGGACACAAAGUUUGUCAGCAGGUUUGCACAGACACGAUCCGUUGCCAAUUUUUUACCUACUUUCCACUCCAAGAUUCGUGCAAUGAAGAAAGAAAAUGUAAGUGCCACCUGAAAAUGUCCUCAAAUGGAUCCCCAGUGGGAAUAGUACAUGGAGGAGGAAGAAUCUCUGGAUACUCACUAAGAUUAUGUAAAAAAAAGGCCAGUACUGUAUGUAUGCACCAUUCUGAAAAAAGUAUAAGGAUUGUUGGAGGGACAGACUCUUCUCCUGGUGAAUGGCCAUGGCAAGUAAGCUUGCAUGUGAAGUUAUCUCGUCAGAGACAUCUCUGUGGGGGCUCUAUCAUCAGUAACCAAUGGAUUCUUACAGCUGCUCAUUGUGUUGUGAGUCUUGAGAAUCCCAACAUUUGGCGUGUUUAUGCGGGUAUUUUAAAACAAUCAGAAAUAAAAGAGGAAACGCCUUUCUUCAAAGUGGAAGAGAUUAUUGUUCACCCUCAGUAUAAAAUCGCACAGACUGGAUAUGACAUUGCUUUAAUGAAACUUGAUAAGCCUAUGAAUUUUACUGAUCUUCAGCUACCUAUUUGCCUGCCAUCAAAAGAAGAUGCUAACACACUUUAUACCAACUGCUGGGUGACUGGAUGGGGUUAUAGAAAAGAAAGAGGUCGUGUAGAAGAUAUUCUUCAGAAGGUUACUGUUCCCCUCAUGUCAAAAGAGGAAUGCCAGGCAAGAUAUCGGGAGCGCAAAAUAGAUGACAGAGUGAUUUGUGCUGGCUAUGAAGAAGGUGGAAGGGAUGCUUGUAAGGGAGAUUCAGGAGGGCCGCUGUCAUGCAAGCAUGAGGAAGUGUGGUAUCUGGUCGGCAUUACCAGCUGGGGCGAAGGGUGCGCUCGUCCAAAGCAGCCAGGUGUCUAUACAAAAGUUGCUGAAUACGCAGACUGGAUUUUAGAAAAAACUACGUAGCGUAAGAGUUGCCUACAGGCUUAAAGUGAUGCCAUAGAAUAGUAACCGCAGGAGCAAAUGGAGGUGUAUUAACAUUCUGUAAAUGGUGUUUCCUGUUGCGCUGAAACAUAAAAGACAUGAUUAGAAAAGGAAGAAUGAACAGCUUUACAAUUACUAAAUAAAAAGCAAUAAUAAAAAUACUGUUUAUUGUCGCUGAUUUGGCAGGAAAAAAAGGUUGUCUGACCAUUCUAUGGGACUUGAUUCCCUGACUCAUCAGGGUCAAUGAAGAGUUUACAGAUGAUUUCAGUGAUAGCAGGAUCUCGCUCUCUUGUGUAAAAAGAACCUAAAUAAAUUUUAGGUUCAGAUAAAGCAUUAGAAAUUUAGGAAAAUCCUGGCUGACAUUGCUACUGCAAGGAUCUGGGGACCAUUAGCCUCAGAUAGGAAUGCAAAAUAUCAAAUUAUCAUCUAUUUUCAAUUUCUGUGAUGCUGUAAUUGAGGCUCUGGUGAUAUCCAUUUAACAUCAAGACAUGAAAGGGAGUAAAUAAGAUAGGAAAUUAUUAGCUUAUGAAUUUCUCUGUGAUCGUAUAGUAUUUCAGUAAUUACUGACAGGGAGAAAGUGUCCAAAGGUUUUGGGAACAAAGGCAUUUCCGUAGUGUCAGUCACGGAAUAAGCUAAACAAUGCAAUCAAAUUAUUACAUUUUUGCUUUAGUUUUAAUUUAGAUUAGUUGCUACAAAAUUUAUUUUACUUUUGUGACAGACUACCCAGAUAGGUUUUCUUGAUACGUCUUUGGUGGGAUUAACUGUAGAAUCCUUCCUUCAUGUGCAAUAGUGUACUUGACUAUGUCUGGAAUGAUACAGGACUGAAUAAAAAUUCAGAUAUUUAACCCAAUUAACUCAGAAGCAGCACUUUCUUGCCCUGGCGUGCCCAUGGUGGUUCUACAGAUACACAGCUUGACUUGUUAUUGACAGUGCCUUGAUGGUAUCAUGUUUUGGGGAAGUCUGAAUACCAUGAGCUACAGCUAAAACAUGGUAAGCAGAGUUUAAACAUAACCAAUCUGUACGAUGCUAUUAAAAUUUUCGGAGAUGAGGCCAUAGUAGUACAUGAUUUGAAAAACAUAUGGAUAGCAAAGAAAGGAGGAAAGUUAUGUAAGAAUCAAUGUUGAUUACUUGUCUUGGAAGGGAGAAAUGAAUAGAGGCACACAAGGCCUUCUGUGAUCUGUAAAAUACAUAAAGCCCAACUUUCUGAGCUUUCCUCUUAGUGUCUGAUAACGUGGUUGAAGAUGACCUGCAGUCUUUCUCUCAGUGGGGACGCUUAAUGACUCCUCCCAGGCUGUUUUCACAUGGAACGUGUAGAAAUUGAGUAAAGUUGACUGUAAGCAAAAUAUUUGGUAGGUGCAUAUCUGGGGAGCCAUGGGGUCUAAUCUGCUGCUUGUCCAGUCUGGGGCCUGGAGCAUGCCAGGAUCACUCCUGUCCAUGUGUUUUAGGGAAUGGAAGUAGACGGCAAGAGUUGAGGUCUCCCCACACAUGUAAGUGAAUGAAGUUGCAGUGCGCAUAUGGACAGGGGAGCUGGGAACUGCUCUUGGCUUUUCAGAUUUUGACAUAGCCACGGAGAUUUCUCUCCCUUGUCUGAAUUUGGCUGAAAGGGGGAUCACUCAGUUUAAGAUUUACUGAGGGGUAGAGGGAAAGGAAGGUGACACAGGAGAGGCAUAUACAUGGACAACAUAUGCGUAGACCUUGUUUCCUUAGGAAGCUGGGUGUAUUAGAGGCCAAACGAGUGGCAGUAUUAACUGAAAAAACAAACCUGAG